AUGGAUGGUUGUUGCUUUGCUGUUCAAGCACUCUUCUUGGCCUGUGUUCUCUGGGGAGCUUGGCUAAGCUGCAUUGCUAGUGCAAAUCAAGGUAUGACUAAAGCCAGUUGUUAACAUAUGCACACACCAUACAUUCACCUUCAUUCUCGUUUUGCUACUAAGUGUAAUAUUUUCAAAAAAACCUUUAAGGAGGACUUUUUCAAUUCUGUUCAUAAACGAGACCUUACACUUUACUAAACUUACAGCUUACUAUUAUAACCUUCGCUGCCUCCCAUUUGCAAAAAAGUUGAAACUCAACAUGGGAGAGGACUACACAGUCUAUGCUAAGCAAAACGAACCAGUCAGGUCCCAUGAUUUUUGGCUGAAGUUGUUGAUACAGUAUUACUUAUAAUGUCAGUGCCCUAAAAACAAAAAGUAUAAGAGAAAAAGCCAAGGCGGGCUAGAUUACGAUGUAGUGUACGAUCGAUAGCUUCUGACCAUUUCACAGAUACUCCAUUUUAGUUCCAAAGUUUUUUAAAUUUCAUUGUGAAAUAUUUAGCUGCUUAACAUUCAUGGUAACCUGUUCUUGUUGUGGUUGCUGUUGGUGGUGUUAUGUUUUUGUCCAGCAAGCAGUCUGCAAAGGAUCGGUUAUUCAUUUAUAAACGAUCACGGUCGAGGAGCGUGGGAGAACGAAAGAGUGCACUGAUGUUUUUUUAACGUGUUCUCUGAAUUAACGUGAGUGAAAUUAGUAGUGGAAUAUAAUUUAAAAAAGACUAAGUGGUUGAGACGCUCUGCGUUCAGUUGAUCUUACAAGUGUGGUGGGUGAGGGCGACCUUGAAAGCUGCUGGCAGACCUGGAAAGACCUAUUUCUUGCUGCAGUAAAAGACAAUAUUCCAACCAAGCGAUUGAGAGGUCGAAACCCAAGGGCCUGCCUCACAGGUGCCGUUAUCAAUCUUAUCAAGAAAGAGGAAACCGUACGCAAGAAACUAAAAUUGCACCCGUCGGAGUCACUAAAAUCCAAAUUUCAAACUCUGCGUUCACAAGUAAAGCGCGCGAUCAAAGAAAGCAGGGAAGAGUUCUUUGAGUCUGCUAACAUCGAGUUCAAGAUCAAUCACGUUUCUGGUCAGUAUUAACAACUCGCUCAAAGUCGCACAACAUACCACAAAGUGUCUCCAUGGCAACUGGUAACCUAUGUGCAACCGCUGACACGCCAGAAGAAAUCGCAGACAUUUUUAAUAACUAUUUCACUUCAGUGUUCUCCGUUCUUCAAGAGGACAAAGUAGAUAAAGGUGCAGGGAAAUUCCCUGCCGCAGACCCCCCUCCCCCCCUUUAGCGAUAUUGUGUUGCACGUCGGCGAACUUGAGGCUGUCCUAAAAUCACUAGACCCAAACAAAGCCACUGGCAUGGUCCAGAUGAGAUCCCGGCAAGAAUCCUAAAGAAAACCGCGACUACUAUUGCUCCAUCACUAUGCAAGCUGUUCAACAGGUCUCUGGGGGAAGGCUACAUACCGUCUGAGUGGAAAUUGGCCAAUGUAGUGCCUGUCUAUAAGAAGGAUAAAAAAGAUCAUGUUGAAAACUAUAGGCCUAUCUCCCUACUUUGCAUUAUUUCUAAAGUCAUCGAACGCUAUGUCUUGAAUCGCAUCAAUGACCGAUUAGAAGAUCUGAUUGCGGACUGUCAGCACGGGUUUCGGAGUGGACACUUAUGUGUCACAAAUCUACUAGAGACCCUAGAUUACAUCGGUGCUGUUCUUGAUAGAGCUGGUCAAGCAUAUUGUGUGUAUUUACACAUGUCCAAAGCCUUUGAUAAGGUUAGACAUGACCUCCUUAUGGAAAAACUGCGGGAUGCUGGCUUCGGAGGGAACCUGCUCACAUGAUUUCACGCGUAUCUCUGUGGCAGGCGCCAACGCGUCACCGUACUAGGAGCGACAUCACGCGAUCUACCUGUCACCUCUGGAGUCCCUCAGAGUUCAAUACUCGGACCUGCUCUUUUCUUGUUAUAUGUGAACAACCUUCAGAUUCUACCCUCAAUAGCAAAGUGGCAAUGUUUGCAGAUGACACUAAAGUAUACAAGGUAGUGAUGUCUGAGGAUGAUGGCGCCGCUCUCCAACAAGAUCUGGAUAAUCUGUCUUCAUGGUCUGCUGCCUCUGGCCUAGCCUUCAAUGAUAACAAAUGCAAGCUUCAGACCAUUACGAGGAAGCGCAAGCCCAUCUGUACGAGCUACGAGGUUAACGGCAGUACCAUCAAGUCCUGUGACGUAGAGCGUGACCUUGGCGUCUCCUUGGACUGUGACUUGACUUGGCACGCCAAGUCUCUCACCAAGCUGCACGUGCAAACAAGUUGUUAGGUUUCGUUAGGAGGAACUCUAGGUUUAUUCACAGCACUUCCGUAAGGUGCACAUUGUACCCCGGGCUUGUUCGUGCUCAUCUUGGCUACGCAACCCAGAUCUGGACGCACCAAGGCAUUGAACUAAUUUCUAAACUUGAAAGUAUCCAAAGACGUGCCAAAUAUCAAAUUCAUUCUUUGCUUGCCUUUUUUAACAAAUAUCUCUUACAAAGGAAGACUAAUGUCUGUAAACCUACUUCCAGUGUGCUACUGGCACGAGUUACUAGAUCUAGUAUACUUUUACAAGGCUACGCAUAAUAUGAUUCACUUAGAUCCGUCUGUUGUUCCCUACGUCAGAGAAUGCGCGCGAAGGACCCGUAUAUCUGUAACGAGCUGUCAAUCUUUUGUGCCUAAAAAAAUGCAGGACUGCUACCUUUCAGAAAUCUUUUUUCAAUUGAACCACUAGAAUCUGGAACCUGCCUAUUACUAGACUUGACCUAGAUAAUGUUACUUUUGAGAACUUUAAAUCUGUUCUUUACGGUUAUUGCUCGCGGGUUCUAGCAAUAAACUAUGGCCCGGACUCUCCAAGGGGCUUCAAAAGUAUUUGCUUGAAAUGUAACACAGCCAGGUAUUUAGACCAAGAAAUUAGCUGCUGCAUGUGAUUUAAAUUGCUACUUUUAUAUCCUUUUAUUUUUUGGGUUCGCAGUAAUUGGCUUUAGCUGUUGCGGUGUCCCUGCCCAAAUAUUUAAGUUAUUAUUAGUGUAUUGUUACGUUCUUAUUACUAGUAUUUGCAUAUCUUCAGUGUCUUUUUUUUUUCUGUAUUCUUCAGGGCAAAGCUAAUAAAAUAAAUAAAAUAAAAUAGACGUUAACAUUGCUAUUUUUUUUUAAUGUAUCUUUUAGAUACCUGUGGCCACAUUCGGUAUUUGAAGUUUUUUGAUCGGGAGUAUGGCCUUUAUAUGUAUCUUCAAGGCCACACCUUUUUAAACCUUUCCAUUGGAGCAAGCAAAUCUUGCGAAACGGAAUGUCUUUACCGGAGAGAGUGCGUGGCAAUCAACAUUGGUCCAGCAAUUAAUGAUAUGAGGGUCUGUGAGUUGUGUAACUCAGAUCACAUACAGCAUCCAAAUGAUUUAAAACGAAGAGAAGGCUGGACGUAUAAAGGUACACAGGUAGGGCGAAUUUCACUGGAAUAAAUUAAUCACGGCAAUGGUUGUGAAUUAUCUUGUGGUAAGCGUUUAACUGUUCAUAGCCCAAAAAGUGAAGUUUUAGCUAUGGAAGUGAUGAUGACAAUGACAAUCAAAAGAUAGUGAUGACGACCCUUGGGUGUCAGAGACUUUUCAUAUGCGGUUUCCUGUUUCGGUUAACUGUUAUAGUGACCGCUCGUGUCUUGGGUUCUCUCCCGAAGAUUGCACUUGUCCGUCUUCCCUCCAGACAAGGGGGAACCAACCAAAACGGACUUUUACAAAGUCUAGCCAAAGAUCUGUCGAGCGGCGAUGAAGAAGACAUAAAAUAAUAAUGAGAAUGGUAAUAGGGAGCAUUGACUACUUGCAGUCUCUAAGGAUUGUCGCGCGUACGAGAAGGUUACGUGUGAGCGAGCGUGCGAGGCCAACGCGCAAGGAGGAAGACGGAAAAGGACAAGCCUCUCUCCAGUUCCCUUCUCGAGGGUCUGAAUGGGGGGGUACCUAGAUAACAUUAAACACUUCAUUUUUUGGCUUUGUAACAUGAAAUGGUUAAAUUUUAGGCAUUUUAACACUAACAAUAAAGAUUCUUUGAAACUAAUUUUUUCCCAGAUAGAAGCAAAAACGGCUCCAAAAAGGCCAAUAUUAUUUUUUUAGGAUAUCAAGGAGUUUUUGGCCAUUUUACGACAAUUCCUGAUUAUUUCAGAAGAUUUCCGAAGACUAACGAAGAGGUCCGAUCAUUGCCGAAGAUGUCCGAUGAACCCUCCAAACACUUGACAGUAUUUCUUCGGAAACAGUAAACAUUAAAAAAUUGGCUAAUUUAACAGCAAACACUCAAAAUUAUGGGCAAAUAACACCAAACAUUAAACCCCAUUCAGACCCUCCUUCUCGAUUGGUUUGCUCUCUCGAGCUCUGUCUAGUCUCGAUUUGACCGACUGAAAAGGGAACUGCUCGAAGUCUGCAAGACUCCUACAAUAUAAUAUUAAAAUUUCAUGAAGUCUAAAUUACGCUUUUACUUUCACUAGAAUAUUUGUGCCUACAAACCUUGCUUGAACAAUGCAAAGUGUUUCCUUGGAUACACGGACAAGAGGUUUCUUUGCGAAUGCCAGUCUGGUUACACGGGAGAACUCUGCGAAACAGGUGAUUAUGUGGCCAGCAAACGCAGACAUAUUCAGUCCUGUUUUCGCUUGUCUGCGCCGCAAAGAAUACUUGUCGGGCAGAAACAAACUGGAAAUACGUCUACGUCCACGUCUCUCAUGCACGGAAUCGCCAGCUGGCUCGCCGGCUGUUGCUUCGAGAUGGUUAGAAAAACGAAAGUGUAUCCUACCCAGAAAUAGAGAACAAGUGAAUGUUGCUUAAUAAGAAAUAAUCAACGUUGUCAUGGUUAAAAAAAACAUCUGUGCCCCCCCACCCGGAGGGGGGUUCCGCAGCAAAGUUUUAUCCUGGAUAGCUCCCCCUUUACGUUAACCUGAGAUCAGGCUCUAUAUUCGUUUCACUUUGAAAAUAAUAUUCAGGCGGGCGAGGCAAAACGAAAAGCGGUAGCCGUUAGAGAGAAUGUAUGAGAACCGCUAAAAUUGGGCCUGAUCUCAGGUUACCUUGAGGUCCAGCUCCUUACCCUCCUAUAUAAUAUUUUUUGAGAGAAAAGGUACCCCUCCCUUACCCAGUACCUUCCAUUGACAAAUGGUACCUCUUUCAAAUACCUAGUUUAGAACUUUGCAUUACUUUUAGCUGCUGUAAAUGUACUGUCUUUAAACUGUGAAUAAAUCACAAAACUGGCCAGGAAAUUUUGUCGACUUUUUCACAGCCAUAAAAUCCUUCUGUCAGCCCUUUUAGGUCCUUUUACAGACCGAAAUGACACAGAUUUCCUUCCCCUCUCAUAUACUUCAACUAUUGAAAUCCCAACCCUUUCAUACACCUGAACUCUGGAAAAGGUACCCUUUUCGCAAUUCGGGCGAAGCUUCCCCGUAUAAGCCAUUACAGGGGUACCCCCCGGGAUUUAUGCUUGCUCUUCUCGCAAUGAGUGAAACAAUCAGUCUUCCCUUAAGCAAUCAGCAUGCUACAAACUUGAUUAUUUUCUUGCGUUGAAUGUCGGCAAUGGUUUAUAUACGAUGUACGAGGUUGGUGGCUAAUUGAUCGGAUAUUGUUUUCUUUUCUUUUUUUAGACCUGGACGAAUGCAAGGAUAAAACUCAUCAGUGUGACGUAAAUGCGAACUGUACCAACAUUCCUGGCUCAUAUAACUGCACGUGCAGGCCUGGCUACACAGGAAAUGGGAGCAUUUGUAAUGGUAUAAUUAACUAUCCAAACUUUCUCUUCAUUUUUCUGCAAAUAAUUUAGUUUUCUCAGUAACUUAACAUUUUACUCCCUCCAGAAAUUGAUGAAUGCAAGGAUGGAAGUAAAUAUUUAGCAGGCGCAGGAUGGAAGUAUUUGGGAGCAAGAAAAAAAAAAAACGGGUGUGUUCCUGCUUUCUUGCGCUUACUACUUCCAAGGGCCUGUACCAACAUUCCUGGUUCUUUCAACUGCAUAUGCAGGCAUGGCUACCAAGGCAGUGGGAGCAUUUUUAAUAGUAAAACUUGCUGAUAAGUGUCGUGAUCAGAUUUAAUUUAUAUUUAUUUCUUUUUUCUUUUUCUUAUUCAGACAUCGAUGAAUGCGAAAAGGGAAGCCAUGAUUGCCACAUGAAUGCGAAUUGUACAAACACACCCGGCUCUUAUAACUGCACAUGCAGGCCUGGAUACACAGGCAAUAGAAGCAUUUGUAAAGGUAAAAGUUUGCCGGUUAAUUUUUGUGAUGCGCCUUUAAAGAGUCAGGACUCAUAGCUCCCUUUGGUCGUACUCCCUUGGAUACUCUUUCCAUAGUUAUUCUUACACUUAAAACCAAGAUGGUCACCUGUUACAGACUUGAACAAUAAAAAGUGUUUUUUUGGAUAUACGGACAAGAAGUUCUUUUGCGAAUGCCUGCAGUCUGGGAUAGAAAACAUCUGUGCCCCCCGGGGUAGGAGGAAUUCCGCAGCAAAGUUUUAUCUUGUAAAGCUCCGCCUUGAGGUCAAGCUCCUUACCUUUCUAUAUAUUUCUUUUGAGAGAAAAGGUACCCCUGACGUCCCUUACACAGUACCCCUUUCAAAUACCUAAUUUGGAACUUUACAUUACUUUUAGCUGCCGUAAAUGCACUGUCGUUAAACUGUGAAUAAAUCAGAAAACCAGGAAAAUGUCUCGACUUUUUCACAGCCAUAAAAUCCUUCUGUUAGCCCUUUUAGGUCUUUUUACAGACUAAAAUGACACAGAUUUUCCUACCCUCUCAUAUACUUCAACCACACCUGAAGCCUGGAAAAGGCACCCAUUUCGCAAUUCUGCCGGAGCUUCCCCGUAUAGGUCAUUGUAGGGGGUUCCCCCCCCCCCGGAUUUAUGCUUGUUUUCUUGUUUGUUUUUUUUUAUAUUAGACCUGGACGAAUGCAAGGAUAAAACUCAUCAGUGUGAUGUAAAUGCGAACUGUACCAACAUUCCGGGCUUAUAUAACCUGAGAUCAGGCUCUAUUUUCGUUUCGCUUUGAAAAUUACAUUUCGGCGGGCAAGACGAAACGAAAAGAGAGCCUGAUACAAACCUUCUACGAAAUGUCUGCCGCCCACUUUUUUGAUUGAUUGACAUUUGCCGAAUCAGCCAAUCAGAAUUACUUCCGUUGCUUGUUUUUCUAGUAUGCAAAUUUUUCACGCGCGGGAAAAAUGCAGACUGGCUGACUUAAAAUAUAGCUUUUGUCUGUUAAUCAAAAUGCAUCUUGUUAGCGAUCAACAACUUGCAGAGGGAUUCAACUCCGCGAUACACUCACUUUCCGUAAAUAAAGCAAAUCCUGAGAAGAUAUGAACAACCACAUGAAUUUUCUGAAUUUCCAUGGCACAUAUUAAGGCAUAUUUUCGUACCAUAAGACCAUAAAACAAUAAAAAGACAGCAAAAUCGAUCCUUCUCUGCACCGACGACGGAUCAUUCACGAAAACAACCACGCGAGGAAUAAGUGCUUUCAACUUCCGGCGUUUCCGACACCCAAUCAGAUCUUGUGGCAUUGUUCUAACAGCCAAUCAGCGUUACGGCCAAAAUCUGGCCGUAACGAACACAAACUUGUAAUAGUUUGUAUCAGGCCCAAUUUCAGCGGUAGCCGUUAGAGAGAAUGUAUGAGAACCGCUCAAAUUGGGCCUGAUCUCAGGUUAGGGCUCAUAUACUGCACGUGCAGGCCUGGCUACACAGGAAAUGGGAGCAUUUGUAAUUAGCUACCCAAGCCUUCACUUCUCGUUCCUGCAAGUAUAUAGUUAUGUUAUCUUUGUAACUUAAUAUUUUCUACUUCCUCCAGAAAUUGAUGAAUGCAAGGAUGGAAGUCAUGAUUGUCACAUAAAUGCCAACUGUACCAACAUUCCUGGCUCUUACAACUGCACGUGCAGGCCUGGCUACCAAGGCAAUGGGAGCAUCUGUGAAGGUAAAAAUUUGGGAAGACCUUAGAUAACAUUGAUCUUAACCAGGUUGUGGCGUCCAGCGGUUUAAGAGAAAACAAGAAUUUAGGUGCCGGUGGGGUGCUCAGUCUCGCGGGCUCAUAUAACCUGGUCUCAGUCAUUCUUAUUUAAAGAUUUUCAAACAUUUUCCGAUUAAUUUUUUAUGACGCGCCUUUAUAGAGUCGGGGCUUAUAGCUCCCUUUGAUACUCUUUCCCUAGUUAUACUUACACUUAAAAACCAUGAAGAUGAUCACUUAAUUGUUACAGCAGUAAGCGCUCGAUCGCAACGAUCUUACGGAAGCAGUCUUUGAACUGCUCCUUGAACUUCAUCUUUUUAAAAUUUCUGUGAUUCCAAUGUAGGAGGUAGGUUUAUGUGUAAUUCUGGCAUUUUGUUUUUUCAGAUGUUGAUGAAUGUGCUGACAACUUACAUGACUGCGACGCUAAUGCAAACUGUACAAACAUCCCGGGAUCCUAUCGCUGUGUUUGUAACCCACCAUAUAAUGGAUAUCGGAAAAAGUGC